CCGGAUGUCCAGCAUGUGAUCCAGCAUUGCGUGACGAUUCCACCAUCAGUCAGCCAGGUUUGCUUCCUAAAGCUUCAGCCCUGUGUCCAUUGACGUGGGAGGAAGUUCCUCUGAACUUGUAUAGGGUUGUGCUGUUAGGCACAGUCAUCGCUUGGAUUUGAAACAACUAGGAAAGGGGAAGCCUCAGCACAUGAAUCCCCUUGACUUGUAAGAGGUCUGAGUAGAAGGACGAGGCAGCAGAUCCAGAUGUGAAGCCCGCUUUGUGUGUUGGCCACAAGCAGCCUCUCUGUGCCCCUAUUCAACAUGGACUAUUGUCUCAAAGUGCUUCCUUGCCGUCUUCCAGCUGCCUGCUCGUAAAUAAUGCUGCAAAGACUGCCUGCCGCAUGAAGAAAGGGCUGUGUUUUACUGCAGGCUUUGGCUAGCCCAAGUCGGCUGUGCGUGCCUUUCAGAUUAAUUCAUGCCAUAAAUCAGCGGAGCUUCUGCCACAGAAUGGGCAGCAGGCGCAGCUUUUCUAGGGUCUUUGGUGGCUCGUAACAUGUUGGCACUUCUAUAAUUACUGGUUUGCUAAUCUACGCUACACAGACUGGCCAGAUUGCAGGGUUUUGCCACACUUUCAAAUGGGAGGUGCAUUUUAAGAAACUUGUUUUAUGUGUAGAAGGCCUCUAUGAAGAAAGCAUGCAGAAAGCGCUAACACCUUUCAAGUUAGUGAAAUUAAAGGGAUGCUUUAAAAAAUGAUAUUGAGGGUUGGAUCCAGGCAUAUUAGAAACAUGGAAACAUGGAAGCAGAGUGAGUCAGAAGGGGGCUCCUGGGCCAUCUAGUCUGACCCCUGGCUCCACUCAUGACAUGCCUACCGUGUGCAUAUUCAAUUGGAGUAGACCAGGGCUGGUGUUCAAAUGAGCUUGAGGCUGCCAUACUUUGGAAAAUGGAAGUCUUCCUGGAGAAGACCAUCAUGCUAGGGAAAGUCGAAGGCAGAAGAAGGAAAGGAAGACCAAACAGGAGAUGGGCGGACUGCAUGAAGGAGGCCACUGCCUUGACCUUAGAAGAGCUGAGCAGGCCUGUCAUGGAUAGUCAUCUUGGAGGACUUUCAUUCACGGGGUCUCCAUAAGUCAAAGACGACUUGAUGGCCCACAGCAACAAGAAGGGUUCUCUAGCCAGCCCCGCCCACUUUCAUUGUGUACAGGCAUUUUUUCCUGAUUCUAGAUGGUUAAACUGCUUUCCUCAGCCUUAGUUAAUGGCAAUAGGAGUUUUAAGCUGAAAUAUGUUGGCAGUUUUGGACUCUCCCCUUUGCCUUUGGUCCCAGCCACAAGUCCUGGGUGUGCAGCCCUGGAGAUCUGUAAAAUGGAAUCCAGGUCUUGGAAUGAAGGGGGUUCUAGAUUCUUGGAUAGACAUCUCUCCAAGCCAGUGUAUUAUAUUCUGGAUUUGUUUUAUAAAUUCACUUAUUUCAUUUGUUUAUAAAUGGAAAGAUUCAUUCAUGCUCUGAUGGGCAUUUUCUCAUUACCAUUACCAAGCAUUUAUAUCCCACUUCAUUGUCUCAAAGCCAUUUUUAGCAACGCUCUUGAACAAUGGCCUUGUGCAAUUGUGUGUGCGUGUCCCUGCGGGGGUGGUAGCUAAGAAAAGUUGUGUCAUAAACACUGAACAUUAACUAAAUCCAUGUAUUUGCUUAUUAUAUCACAAUGUAUUCUGGAUUUGGUAGCUAUGGAGACAGGUGGAGCAAAGAACUAUGAACGAGUGUGGUGUACCAGCCCCUAGCCAAAUUAAAACCUGCUUGGUCUUCAGGGCGAUCCAUGGCUGCUAGUCCUGAUGGUUUUAUGCUGCCUGUAGUAUCAGAGACCAUAUGCCUAUGCACUCUUUUGCUAGGGAGCAUGGGUGCUGUUGUGCUCACAUCCCACUCAGGAGUUUCCCACAAGUCUCCAGUUCACAGAAUCAAACCCUCUGCUCAGUGCAGGACUCUCAGUUAAAGCAUUCUGACAGAUGGCUGUCCAGCUGCCUCUUGAAUGCCUCCAGUGUAGGAGAGCCCACAACCUGCCCAGGCUGUCGAUUCCCUUGCCAUACCGUUCUGACAGUCAGGAAGUUUUUCCUGAUGCCUAGCUGGAAUCUCUCUUCCUGGAACUCGAACCUGUUAUUUCUGUCCUGAACUCUGGCCAUGGUGUGGCUGAAGUGUAGACUACCUGGACUUUGGCCUGAUCCAGCAGGGUUCUUCAGAAUGGUGGUGCCCUGUGACUUGGCACCUUUUCAAUUUCACCUGUAGUGCACUCACUUUCUGAUCUUCAGCACCCGGAAAAGCAGCCAGCAAGGUGCUUUUCAGCUGAAAGCAGGGUUUCUGGCUGUUUGCCUUCAGAGUCAAGAAAGCCAGCCCUUGCCUUGUAUUUGGUGGCCACUUAGCAGCUAUGAAGGCAGGACUGGAGCUGUCUUGAUGGCUCUCUAACAGGCUGCAUGCAUUGAAUAUUCUGCACUUUCUUCCUCUGCACCCCACCCCAAGCUGUUAGAUGAAGCCAUGGGAGGGGGACUACGUACUCGCUUCACUCUUCCAUUCCAACUCUGUCCUUUGGAUGAUGCGUUUUGUGUCUGUUUCAGCGAGUGGACUGAGUGUCUGGCGUGUUCCAAGCGAAUGACAUCACGCCGUCACCUCCCACCUUCCACUCCAAUGCACCUGCAGGCCCAGAAGCUGUGCAUGGUGGAGUUAAACCAAGGGCAGGCCAAGCCAUGUCAACAGCGCUGCAGUGACACCUCCACCGCCUGCAGAAAGCAAAUGUGACACACCACUGGCAGCUGGCUUCUUCCGAAAAACGCCUCCUGCUUUCUGCUCACAUGCAGAGGGUGGGAGAGUGAGGCUGCGCUGACUAACCCCUCCUCUGCCAGAGCAUGGGCUGACUAGCUAACCCACCCUGGUGUAUCCAUGAAUGUCUGUGGCGGGGGAGUUUUCAUGCAUACGGCUGCAUGGUUCAUGGGGUGCACAUGGUCUGGAAUCGAGCAUGGGUGAACAUAUGCAGGAGAACAUGCCGCAGACUCCUCCCUUUGCAGCGAUGUUUGACAGCAGUGGUUACAACCGGAACUUGUACCAGGCGAAAGAGGACAGCUGCGGAGAACUGUACUACCACGACAACAACCUGCUGUCAGGAUCCUUGGAAGCCCUCAUCCAGCACCUAGUGCCCACAGUGGAUUACUACCCCGAUAGAACAUACAUAUUUACUUUCCUGCUCAGCUCUCGGCUCUUUGUGCACCCCUACGAGCUCAUGGCCAAGGUUUGCCACCUGUGCACUGAGAAGCAACGACUGGAUGAGCCUGCGGCUGAUAAAAGCCGGUUACGGAAAAUUGCCCCCAAAAUUCUGCAGCUGCUAACAGAGUGGACAGAGACGUUUCCGUAUGAUUUUCGAGACGAGCGCAUGAUGAGGAAUUUAAAGGAACUGGCCCAUCGAAUAGCCAGUGGGGAUGAGAUGUACCGGAAAAAUGUGCAGCAGAUCACCCAGGGUCUGAUUCGUAAGCUGGCCUCCCUCAGCCAGUACGAGGAGGUGCUUGCGAAGAUCAACGCAACCUCGACAGACAGACUGACCGUCCUGAAGGCCAAACCGCAGGCCAUCCAGCGUGAUAUCUUCUCUGUCUGCGCUGACCCCUAUGUGUUAGCCCAGCAGCUGACGCACAUCGAGCUCGAGAGACUCAGUUACAUUGGAGCACAAGAAUUCGUCCAAGCAUUUGUACAAAAGGAUCCCCUGGAUAAUGACAAGAGCUGCUAUGGUGAUCGGAAGAAAACCCGGAACCUGCAAGCAUAUGUGGAAUGGUUUAACAGGCUCAGUUACCUGGUUGCCACAGAAAUAUGCAUGCCUGUGAAGAAAAAGCACAGAGUGAGGAUGAUAGACUACUUCAUUGACGUGGCCCGGGAGUGUUUUAACAUCGGCAACUUCAACUCCUUAAUGGCUAUCAUUUCUGGAAUGAACAUGAGUCCUGUCUCUAGACUAAAGAAAACAUGGUCCAAAGUCAAGACAGCCAAGUUUGACAUUCUGGAGCAUCAAAUGGACCCUUCCAGCAAUUUCUACAAUUACCGCACAGCCCUGCGUGGAGCCGCGCAACGGUCUCUGACAGCUCACAGCAGCAGGGAGAAGAUCGUGAUCCCUUUCUUCAGCCUGCUCAUCAAGGACAUUUACUUCCUCAACGAGGGCUGUGCCAACCGUCUGCCCAACGGCCACGUCAAUUUUGAAAAAUUUUGGGAACUGGCUAAGCAAGUGAGUGAGUUCAUGACAUGGAAACAAGUGGAAUGUCCUUUUGAGAGGGACCGGAAAAUCCUUCAGUACUUGCUCACAGUCCCCAUCUUCAGUGAGGAUGGUAAGCGAAGGUCACGCUUGGUUCAGUCUGCUGGCCAGGAAGUCUCCUUAAUGCUGUCAAGGAUUUCAUCUUCUGAGCAGCUGCUGGCUGGUUCGGUUUUAGUAAAACUGGAAUGUCUUCUUCACCGACUCUCUUUGGUCUCCAUUGUCAAUUCUUAUUUCAUGGUUUUAUUGCUUUGUAUUGUUCCUUGAUGUGAAGGAACAAUUCCGAGUGUUUCUGGGACAGAAAGCAGAGGAUAUGAAUCAUCUGUUAGAACAAUCCUACAGACCCUGGACAGCAUCUGAGCAGCCACGGGAGUUCAGACUCCCAGAGCCAAGACUGGAAUUAGGAAGAAGUCAUGGUACUGCUCUGCUUCUCCGCCCCUGGCAUCCAGCAGAGCAAGAACUGUGCCACCUACUCCCAGAGGCUGGAAAAGCAACAUUGGAGAGGAGGCAAAGGGACCAUAGAGAAGGAAAUUGACUAGAGAGACCAGGGCAAGAGGUGUCCUGCAACUGCUCCAGCCUCCUUCUCUUCCCCAAAGCUGCUCUAGCUAAUAGAGCCCCCAAAAGCCCAUCUCGUGGAAAGUGCAGGCUGGGAGGGUGGGAGGCCAACACAGCCUCUGCCCCCACUUUGCAGAGAAUACCUACAGACCUCUGAGGUUAGGCUUCUGGGCAUUGCAGGAGGGUCGUGUCCUUAACAAAUGAUGAACACGGUGGCUGUCCCAGCAUGUGACUUGCUGGAACGUACCCAUUAGAGAAGGACUGAGCUCGGCUUUUGCUGCAGCCAUAGAAUCCAACACUUACCCUGUUAUAUUUAUUCCGUUUCUACCCUGCCUUUGCACCAAAAGCAGCACUCAAGGCAGCUAAGCCUAAUAAAUCAAGAGUAAAAUAAACUUAGUUAAAACAACCAUGAAACAAACAAAUUAAGAACAGAAUUUUAAAAACUUAAUGAGAAAAUAAAUAAAAAUAACUAAUAGAACCUGUGUAUUAUUUGAUUCUAAUGGUUACUAAGAGGGUUUAAACUAUGGACAAAUGGAAUCAAUUUACCUUUAAAAGUAAUACAUGUUGUAAAACUGCACAGAGUUUCCCCUCCAAAUGCUGUAAUCUGGUGGUCAUGUUUCAGCAAAGGUGGUUGGCUGGCUGGAGGGUUGGAUUGAGAUGCAAGAGUGGGAUAGAACGUUUGAGAAUGUCCAUCCCUAAUUCACAGGGCAACAUUUCUAACCAAGCAGCUGGAAAAUCAAAACUGAUCAUCCGCAUUAGAGAUGGGCCUUGUUCCUUCGGUUUCUGGAAGGGACUGAGAUGUUCAGUGGCGGCUCCCAGUGGAGGAAGUAGAGAAGCGAUUUCUGCUCAUCCUUCCCCCUUUCCCCAGCAUCAUUUCCCACAAAGGAUGCCACAACCUUCCCAAGUAGCUUUUCAGAGAAAGAGGAAAUCAGCUAAACAGCCUCCCUUCCACCUCACAUCCACUCGCUCGCUCAACACUACCUUUGCACUGGGGAAGAGUGAAAAAAGGUGUCCCGAAUGUUGUGAGCAAAUAUCCAGUUUCUACCAUGGUGCUAGUUGCAUUGCACAACCGUUGCACAACUAGUGUUGGAAUGCCUUUGCAUAGCACCCGUGCGAGGAACCUGUGAGUAGCGUUCCACUCAGGAGAAACCAGGAUCUGACCCAUUGUGUCUCAUCAGUGUCAGCACAUUUUAGCCAUGUAAGAGAUCUCUUCACAAUCGGGACCAGAUUCCUGUACUCUUGGGAAGCGUGGCAGAGACAAAUGCAAUCUCACCAUGGUGACAUU